GCCUCUCCGUAGCAAUUUGCCUGGCCGCGAUUCCCAGCCACGCUCUCUCCCCCCGUCCUUGUCUCGCGCCGUGGCAGCACGUUUCUCUCAUCUCUUCCUGUUCUACCUGCUUUCCGCUAAUCCCCUCCACUUCCGUCGCCUCAACGGCCCCGGGGGAGAAUCUCUUCCCAGCCAAUCCCAAAGUGUUCUCUUGCUUCGGUGUAUAUCCUACCCUCUGCCCCGCGAGAUUCUCGGCUAUUUCUGCUGUCCUGUGAAAUUGAGCGCAAGAAUCCGCUGCUCUGCUUUUGUUCGGAGAUUCGCCAUGGGCGGCGGCGGCGGUGGCAACGAGCGCUUCCCGGGGGGAAGCGACCCGCUGCUCCCGACGAAGCGGGAGGGGGAGGAGGACGACGCCGGCGCCUCCGCGUUCCACGAGUUCGACGGGGCAUCCUUCGCCGGCGCGGUGUUCAACCUCUCCACCACCAUCGUCGGCGCGGGCAUCAUGGCGCUGCCGGCCACCAUGAAGGUGCUCGGCCUCGUGCCGGGGCUCGUCAUGAUAGUGCUCGCCGCGCUCCUCACCGACGCCUCCAUCGAGUUGCUCGUGAGGUUCAGCCGCGCCGUGGGGGCGCGGUCCUACGGCGCCGCCAUGGGGGAUGCCUUCGGGUGGUGGGGCAGGAGGCUGCUCCAGGUCUGCGUCGUCAUCAACAACGUCGGUGUUAUGAUCGUCUACAUGAUCAUUAUUGGUGAUGUGCUUUCUGGAACUGAUUCUGGUGGUGAACACCACUAUGGUGUUCUAGAAGGAUGGUUCGGCAUGCACUGGUGGAAUGGGCGUUUCUUUGUUCUCCUGGUUACAACCCUUUGUAUUUUUACUCCACUAGCAUGCUUGAAGCGUAUUGAUUCAUUGAGCUAUACGUCCACAAUAUCUGUAGCUUUGGCUGUUGUAUUCGUUAUCAUUACUGCAGGCAUUGCUAUUGUCAAGUUGAUAGGUGGACAAAUUCCAAUGCCCAAAUUGUUUCCGGUGGUUCCAGAUUUGGCAUCUGUUUGGGAACUUUUUACAGCAGUACCAGUUCUUGUCACUGCUUAUGUUUGCCAUUACAAUGUUCACCCAAUUCAUAAUGAGCUAAAGGACUCUUCGCAGAUAAGGCCAAUAGUGCAUACAUCAUUGACACUGUGCUCGACUAUCUACAUCACAACAAGUUUCUUUGGAUACCUCCUCUUUGGCGAGUCUACGCUCUCUGAUGUGCUCUCAAACUUUGAUUCAAAUCUUGGGAUCCCAUAUAGUUCAGUUCUAAAUGAUGCUGUCAGAGUGAGCUAUGCUGUUCACCUUAUGCUCGUGUUCCCUAUGAUAUUCCAUGCACUGCGUCUUAAUUUGGAUGGGCUUCUCUUCGCAUCUGCAAGGCCUCUGUCUUCUGACAACAGAAGAUUUAGUGCAAUGACAGCAGUGCUCCUCCUGGUGAUUUUUGGGUCUGCAAACUUCAUUCCUAGUAUAUGGGAUGCCUUUCAAUUUACUGGAGCUACUGCUGCUGUUUGUAUUGCCUUUAUUUUCCCAGCUGCAAUCACUCUAAGGGAUCCACAAGGUAUAGCAAAGAAGUGGGACAAGAUUUUGGCUGUCUUCAUGAUUGUUCUUGCGGUUGUAUCAAAUGUAGUAGCGGUGUACAGCGAUGCCUACAAAAUGUUCCACAAGAAAAGUGCUCCUUCCCAGGCCUGAACUGGAAAAUCUGCUGAAGAUUUGUCUUCAUGGUGGUUUGUACAUUAGUAGUCAAUAAAAGAUUCAUUUAAAGGUUUCAUGUGAUUGAUUUUGAUAAUUUGUUUCACGGGCAAGGUCGACUCAAUCAUGUUGAGUUUCAUGUAUGUAUGUAUACUAGGAUGCACAAACCGUUAGAGUUCAGACUGAAGUGCUUCGGUACAGUAUAAAAAGCGGGGCAGUUGUGUCAAAUGUGAAAUUAUAGAGUUAUUAUUAUGGACUUCCUUUUGCAACUGCAUGUACAUUUUACUUUCAUGGGAUAGCUAUGAUUUGUGAAUUUGCUACAA